AUGACUUGGCGAAUAUUAACGCCCGAUCUUAUCACCAAACUCUUUUUGAAAUGCUGGGGUGUUUUUCAAUUGGCAGUAAUUUUAAAGAAGAAGUUAUUCCAAUUAUCUGAGAAUGGUUUACUUCGCCAAAAUGGAGUAAAAGAUAGCCACAUACUUUUUGGCAGCAAAAAAACUAACUUUUGGGAUAUGGGCGAUGGCCCUUGUGGUCCUAAUACCGAAAUUUACUAUGAUUUUCAACCAGAAAAAGGAGAGGAAUAUUUGCCAUUAGCCCAAAAAUGUGUGGAUACGGGAGCAGGACUAGAACGCAUUGCUAUGGUCUUACAAGGAAAAAAAAAUGCUUUUGAAAUUGAUUUAUGA